CAACAACAACAACCUUAACACCAAUGAGGGGGCAUUUCUCGGUUUAAUGGGACUGUCAAUGCCCCCUUCUUCCAUGCAUUCGCAGUCGUCGCCGAUGAUGAUGUCACUCUCUCUGUCGCCGGCCCCUUGUUACCCCCCGGCCAACUCGGCGGCGUCCAUGUUCCUCUACGACGACACCCGGGCGGCCCACCACUUCACGCCGCCCCCGCCGCCAGCGGCACUGUCUGCAACCGCUUUGCUCCAGAAGGCGGCGGAGGUGGGGUCGAAAGCGUCCACCACUUUUCUCCAGGGCCUUGGGUUAACAAUGUCUUCAGUUGGAGAAGAAUAUUCUUGUGAUCCAAUUCCAGAUAAGAAGCCGUUGACUCUGGAUUUUCUCGGACUGGGAGGGAACCAGACAUCGUCGUCCUCGGCGGACCGAUAUCCUGUGCUGCUGGGUUCUAUGAAUAAUGGGAGGGGGCGGCGGGAUCACUUCGGCAUUGAUGCUUCGUCGUCUUCGUUUUCUGGGUUUUUGGGCGGCCAUUCUUGGGAUGACACUUCUGAUCAAAAGCCUGCAGCUGGGUUUCUUUAGUAGUUUUUUUUUUUUUUUUAAAGAAGAGAUUCUGGGUAGGGAGAAUGUUUCACAGUUGGGCUUAAAUUUGCCGGCUGGAGAGCUUUGAUUGUUCUUUUUUUUUUGUUUUUUAAUUAUAAUUUCAGACAUGGACAUGCAUGUAUUUAAUUGAUUCUGUAUAUAUUUGUUCAUAGGAGGAGAGAGAUUCAUCAUUAUGAUUAAUUAAUGCAAAAUGUUCAG